AUGGUGAAAAGUUGGAGUUUUGUUCUUGCUCUUCCAUAUUUCAUCAUCAUCAUCUUCUUGUUUCACCAUUCAUCAGCUGCCAAGAUCACAUAUAAUGUGCAGAAGUUUGGAGCCAAACCAGAUGGGAAGUCAGACUCAACAAAAGCCUUUCUCAAUGCAUGGGCUGCAGCUUGUGCGAAUGCUUCAACAAAACCUGUCAUAAUACUUGUGCCCCAAGGAAGGUAUCUGCUUGGAACUGCUUCGUUUUGGGGCCAAUCUUGCAAGGCUAAAGCCAUCAGAAUCCAGAUUUAUGGCACCCUACUGGCUCCCUCAGAUUAUCGGGUUAUCGGCUUCACUGGAAACUGGCUCAAGUUUGAAAGAGUUUCGGGUCUCACCAUCGCCGGUGGAACAUUGGAUGGUCAAGGUGCUGCUCUAUGGGCUUGUAAAACUUCCGGCAAGACUAGUUGCCCCUCCGGUGCCACGACAAUAGCGUUUUACAAUUCAAACAACAUAGUUGUGAGUGGAAUGAGUUCAUUAAACAGCCAGAUGUUCCAUGUGGUUGUUGAUGGGUGUCACAAUGUGAGACUACAAAAGAUGAAGGUGUCAGCCUCCGGCAGCAGCCCUAACACCGACGGCAUACACAUCCAAGAUUCCUCCGGCGUCACCAUACUCAAUACUAGAAUUGGCACCGGCGAUGAUUGUGUUUCAAUAGGCCCCGGCACCUCCAACUUGUGGAUUGAAAACGUUUCUUGCGGCCCUGGCCACGGAAUAAGCAUUGGAAGCCUAGGGUGGAAUGCAGAAGAGGCAGGAGUCCAAAAUGUGACAGUAAAAAGCACAACGUUUAGGGGAACUGAGAAUGGUGUAAGGAUCAAGACAUGGGCAAGGCCUAGCAAUGCAUUUGUAAAGGGUGUGGUUUUCCAGCACUCUGUCAUGGUUAACGUGCAAUUUCCCAUAAUAAUUGACCAACAAUACUGCCCCGACAAAAAUAACUGUCCCACCCAAGUAUCUGGGGUGAAGAUAAGUGGGGUGACAUAUGAAGACAUCCACGGAUCAUCUGCGACACCAGUAGGGGUUAAGCUUGAUUGUAGCAAGGCAUUUCCAUGCAGUGGAAUAAAGCUAGAUGAUGUAAACCUGAGUUACAGAAAUCAACCAGCUCAAGCCUUGUGCAACAAUGCAGCUGGAAGUUCGUCGGGCAUAAAUCGCCCCGCCGGUUGCCUCUAGUAGUAAUGCAACCGUAUGUAUAUACUAGCUUGUUUUUAUGGUAAA